AUGCCAACCAAAAGUCGGAAGAGGAGAGUGCUAAAUGAAGCCCAAGACGAACUUGCAGCUCUGAACUUCGUGCUGAAGGAAAAGAGGUACCUUACUCCGCGCCAUCGAGUUCCGCGGACCCCCUCUAGAGUAUAUUUCUACCUCACCAGCAUGCCGGAUUCAAAAUUCAAGCUUCAAUAUAAGCUCUCUCGACCAUACUUCCGACCACUGCAUCUACUGUGUCUCCUUAAGAUCCUGGGGUCUACAGACGGCGAAGGACGUUCGGCUGACUUUCUCUCGGUUGGUGGACAUACAGCGGAAAGUCUGCUGGCUAAGCGGUGUAUACGGGCGCUGAAUAGCUUGAUUUCUGCAAGAAUUGAGAAGACUUCUAGCUUUCCACAUUGUAUUGGUUUUAUUGAUGGUACUCUCUUCCCGCUGUUGACACGUCCUCAAGACCAUGGAGAAGAUUACUUUUCGCGCAAAGCGUCCUACGCGAUUAAUGGCCUGGUGAUCUGUGACGACCAGUCUCGUAUUUGCUACGAAAACGUGGGGUGGUCGGGUUCCUCUUAUGACAACCGUGUUUGGAGAAAUUGCAAGGUAGCGCUGAACAAAGAUCGAUAUUUUGGUCACGAUCAAUAUCUACUCGGUGAUUCUGCGUACCAGACGCCAAAUGUGUUGGUUCCCGCUUUCAAAACAUCAGCUGAUGUUCAACUCAGUGUGAAGAAGAUCCAGUUCACCAAGUGUCUGGCCAAAGUCCGCAUCCCAAUCAAAGCCACAAUCAAGUUGAUUCGGACGUGUAUGAUUCUUCAUAAUAUGGCUAUUGCGGAUCCCGUCCCUGAUGACUGGAUUGAGCCUGAACCUAGAAUUGACUUUGACGGUGAAGACGAAGAUGAAUAUUUGGCUCCCGUGGCAAAACAGCAGAAGACCGGCGUGAAUUUUUGA